GUAGGACCAGGGCGGGAGCAUCUUGCGCUCGCGAGCCUCGUCCCUUCCUCUCGAGCCUUUUGUGUUUGAAACUCUCAUAUCUCACGUAUCAAUAAUUCAAGCGCGCGAGAGAGAGAGCAGACGGAGCUCCCCCCGCGCGCUAUGAGUUCUGCUGCCUCGUCACUCGUCCAGGGCCCCUCCGCACAGCGCGCGACUCCCGCUUAUUGUGUUUCCAAGUGACAGCAAAGCUGCUGAGAAGUGAGGAAAGAAGAAAAGAAGAGGUGAAAACUGGCGACUCUACUGGAGAUGCAGGGACAGUAAACUGAUUUCAGAAAAAAGGAGAGGUGCCUAAAAAUAAACCGUGUGGUUUUCCCUCCAAGAGACUCCGCGAGGGAGAAACAGUGCGCAGUGGGCAAAUUCAAUCCUAGAAGACGGAGUGGCAUCUAGUUGUAAAACAAGCUUCAUUAACGUUCAUCUGGGGAACACUGGGAAACUCUUCCUACCUUACUUUUCUCAAGGGGAAUAGACCCGCGGCGGACGGUGUGAAGACGAGCGAAGAAGUUAAUCGUUCUGGUCCGGUAUGUUGGCGUUUUGCCUCCUGGGUGCCGUGUGGCUCGCGGUGAGCCCGGCUCGCGCUCAGAACGAGACGGAACCAAUCAUCCUGGAGGGGAAGUGCCUCGUGGUGUGCGACUCCAACCCGGCCGCGGACCCCACAGGGACCGCGCUCGGGAUCUCGGUGCGCUCCGGCAGCGCCAAAGUGGCGUUCUCCGCAGUCCGGAACACCAACCAUGAACCCUCCGAGAUGAGCAACCGGACCAUGGUCAUCUACUUCGACCGGGUUCUAGUAAACGUUGGGAAGAAUUUUGACGAAGAGAGAAGUAAUUUCAUCUCACCGCGCAAAGGGAUUUACAGUUUUAACUUCCACGUAGUGAAAGUCUACAACCGCCAAACUAUACAGGUGAGCCUGAUGCACAACGGGUGGCCGGUGAUUUCAGCGUUUGCCGGCGACCAGGAUGUGACGCGCGAGGCGGCCAGCAAUGGGGUUCUGAUCCAGAUGGAGAAGGGAGACCGGGCCUACCUCAAACUGGAGAGAGGGAACCUAAUGGGAGGAUGGAAAUACUCCACCUUCUCCGGCUUCCUGGUGUUCCCCGUGUAGAGGGAGAGGAAGAGGAGGAGCAGGGGGUGGAAAGGAACGAGGAGGAGCUGGGGAAUGGCGAAGGAAAAGGCAGAUGGAGGAAGAAGAGGGGCGUUGGAAAGAGCAAAGGACGUGAAUAAGAUGGUGGGAAAGAGAAGAGGGGAUGUGACUCUGUUUGGGACGCUGCAGAGGGAGGAGGGAGAUGUUACAGAUGUAUGAGAGAGGAAUUAUGAAGCCAGUACGGGAAGGUGUUUGGCCAGCUUCUUCACUUCCCUUCCUCCUUUUAUCCAUCCUUUUCAUCCAUCUGUUCCUCCCUCUGUUUUCUCCGUGGCUUGACUGCAGCUUUGGACAGCCAAAACCUUUUUUAUUCUCUGCUGAAAGAAGCAAGUGAUCAUUUAUAUGUUCCAGCGUGUACUGAAGCCCCAGUGUAACCCCCCCCCCCCUUCUUUCUCCACAUUCAUUCAAUCAUUAAUUCAUCGAUCUCCAUCAACAUAAGCUUUGAAGAAUGUUUCUUGAAGAACUGCUCCCCCCAUAUCCCAUUUACUGUGGAUAUUUGAAGUCAUUUGAUUACAUGCAUUGCACUGAUUUCAGGUCAGACCUAAAGCCACACUCUAACUUCCAUCGGAGGAACUCCAAACUCUGAUCAGGAAAUUAGAUGCUACAUUUGUAUUUCCUGUAAAGAUAUGUUUUACUUUUAUAAUAAUAGUCAGUAACUUUUGAAGUUACUUUUUGACCUCCACCAGACAACUCAUGUGCGUUACGUAAAUGUAGCGCUACUUAUAAAUAAUCCAGACAGCAAUUAUGUUUCUGUAGAACAUGUUAUAAGAAACACAUCUACCUGAUGUCUACCAGGACAAUUGAAGAUUUUGAAUAACACUACUAGCGAGCACAAUCUUUCAAAAAGCACUAGAAACUACAAUGGCACUCAAACACCUUUGCCAAGGCCUAUGGUGCAUUCAUGUGCUACUUGGAUGGUCCAAUUUCCUGGUUGGGAAGUCGCUCUUCCAACUUCUAUGUGUUCACUGGUUGUAGGUCAUCAUGUGUUAACAACAUGGACAAGGAAGAUGUGCUUUAGAAGAGCAUUCCUCAGAGCAUUUAACAACCAGUUGAUUCAGGUAUCUGAGUUGUUGUUCCAACUCAAAGGGGUGUUCAUAUGAGUUUUCUAAGUCAGGAAUUCAUUCAUUCUUAAACUAUUGCCCGAAUCUUGCAACGUUAAUGUAUGUGAAAAACAAUAUGCAUAUCCGCCCCUUGAUUCGGUUUGGCCCCUAAAAUGUAAUUCCUUCUUUCUUGGUCCACGCUUCACCCUAAAUCAGGCAAGUAGUUUUCCGUAAUCCUCCCGAAAGACAACAUUCGGAAAAUAUUGGAGAACAAUUAUAAAGUAUACAUUUCACAAAACACGGAUUUAAGUUAACUGUAACAUUUAGAAGUUAUAAACACUCUCUAUCAAUCUUUUCAAUACUGAUUUGUGACUCUGGUGACUCUAUCUAAUGAACCUUAAUGUGGUAUUGAUAAAAGUCACACAGAAAGCAUUGCUACAUGCCUACGUUACCUCCUUCUGUGUGUUCUUCAUCUCUCUGGCAGCCACACAAACAGUUAAAUCCACCUCCAUCCUUUCCUACCAUCCUUUUAUCCCGAGCUCCAUCUCCCUCCUUCACUGCUGCUGUUUUCUUCAGAUUCGUACCCCUCCCUCUCCAGGAUCCUCGCCUCUUUUUCGACUAUGCCGUUUACCCACAAGUGCAGAUGUCUCUCUUUCUUUUUUGUAUACCUCUGUUAUCCCCUCACUCCCCCCCUCUCUUCCGUUCUGUCCCCCCCUCUCCUCCCUCGUGUCUGUCCUUUAUCUGCUGCUGUACUCGUUUGCCUCCCAGCACGGAUCCUUCCUUGCUUUUCUUCAAUGUUGGACUUUGGACACUGAAACCAACUUACAACCACGAACUCUAUAAUAUAUACAGUUUAUAUAUAUAUAUAUACAUAUAGAGUAUAUGUAUAAAUAUAUAUGCAUAUAUAUACAUUUACACAGUAUAUAUACAAAAGGAUAUAUAAAUAUAGCAAAAUUUAAGCCACCAUUUCUAUUCUACUGGUAUUAUGAUGACAAUAAUGAUAAUUCUAAUACUGAAAACUGAAUCUGGUUUGAUGACUAUAAUAUCUGUAUUUCCGUACUUCAGUGUUAUAUAAAAGAAAAAAAUAUUCUAAGAGAAACUUACUAGUGAUUGUGUGUGGAAAUCUGAGGCUGCCGUUCUGCUCUUCUGAUUAAAAACAUGCUUCUUGUUUUUGUUUUGGGUCAAACCAAGUUGUGGCGAAAAAGCUGAGACUACUACUUGUGUAAAAAAACCUACAGCUAAAAAAGUAUUUUUAUUUAUUUAUUUGUAUUAUUUGUACCUUUAUCUUUUAAUAUA